UCAUUCCUUCGUCCGUUCCAGGUCUCUCUACAGAUCCUCUCCUCACUCUCCACGCAAUCCCUCCUUCCCAUCACAGCCGUCAACCACCGCCUUCACGCCCUCAUCCUCCGUAUCCUCCACUACCGCCUCCUUGCUGCCGCCUCCCUCCCAGAAUAUAAACUCCUCCUCGAAUGCUUCCACCCGAGCUCUAAACUCACCGAGCCGCACGUCUUCUGCACAUACCUCGGCACCGACGGACUAAGUGACCGACAUGACGGGCAGGGCUCACUCUACGAAAGCGUCGACACCGCGCAAAGACUGUCUCGGCUAACGGGGCUAUAUUCACGAUUCCGUCCUGAAGCGCACCCAGACCAAGAUGUCAGUGGAGGAAUGUCGCGACUCGUCUCAUCGCCAGGUACGACGCUUUUGCUGCCGGGGGUGGUGGGGUUUAUGCGGGCUGACACGAAUGGGGAUGAGGAAGAAAGUUCGGGGGCACCAGUGACGAGGGCGGUGAAUUUGGAAGGGUAUGAGGAUUUCUCGCAGCUUUGUGUCGUGGUGAAUCUGGUUCAGGUCAUGCCUGGGACGACGCUACUGCGCAGUGCGCAUACGAUUGAGGACGGAUUUAUUCGUCUGUGGCGGGAGUGGUUGAAGAGGCAGGACGCGCGGUGGAAAGCUGCGGUGCGGGUUACAGAGGAAGAAGGACCGGAGGCGGCGCGGAUGUUACAGGAUGCCGACGAGAUUCUCUGGGUGGAUCGAAACGAAACGGUCGGAUUGAAGAUGCGCGUGCGAGAAAAGAAGUGGAAUUCCGCUUUCCCGGUGUUGAUGCACCGCGACGAGGAGUCCACGGACGCCUACGAGGUUGACUUGGAAGAACUGCAUAUCCGCUCCACACGCCUACUCCUCACCCUGGAACAGUCACAGGAAGAGCAGCAGAGCUACCAGAGCAACGCCAUCAUAUUCGGUGCAUUUCCCACUCACCAAACAAUCUAA